CUCUCCUCUUCUUCUAUCCCCCAACGUUCACAACCUUUUCUCACUCCUCCUCACUAUUAAACUCCUCUCUUCUUUUCUCCUUCUUCUCAUUUCUCAUUCCCCUACAAAAAAAAAAAUCUUUCUUAACAAACCAAAAAAAAAAAAAAACUCUCUACUUUCUCUCUUUAAUUAAUCUCAUUUCUCUACAUCAAAAACACAACAAAGAGAUCACCCAUGGCGGAAGAAACCCAUAAGCCAGAAUCAACGGUGGCUGAAGUGGUGGUUCCAGUAGCCGAGAAACCAGCUGAGAAGCCAGCUGAGAAGGCAGUUCUACCACCUGAAGCUGAGAAACUAGCUGCAGCUGAAUCAGCUGAAGCCGAGAAGCCAGCUGAUUCAGCCGAGGCUAAGAUAGCUCAACAAGUCUCAUUCAAAGAGGAGACUAAUGUUGCAAGUGAGCUACCUGAGCUACAUAGAAAGGCUCUCGAGGACUUGAAGAAACUUAUUCAAGAAGCCCUCGAGAAGCACGAGUUCUCUUCUCCUCCUCCUCCGCCUCCGCCUGCUCCAGCUAAAGUUGAGGAGAAGGCGGAAGAGAAGAAAGAGGAACAACCUCCAUCCACCACCUCCACCACCACCACCACCACCACCGCGGUUUCAGAUGAGGUUGCUGUUGCUCCUCCAUCCGAAGAGGCCCCGAAAACUGACGAGGCCUCUCCGAAAGUGGAGGAGGAGCCUGCAAAAAUAGUUGAGCAACCACCUACAACACCGGCAGAAGAACCUGAACCAGCAAAAACACCUGAGGUUGUUGUUGCUGAAGAGGAGAAAACUGUUGAGGAUAUUAAAGAAACUAUAGUAGUCGAGGUUGCGACAACUACAGCAGCACCAGUACUAACAGAACCAGAAUCUGUUGAGGAGACACCAAAAGAAGCUGAAGUUGUAGUGGAAGAAUCACCAAAGGAGCCAGAAGAAGUAUCAAUAUGGGGAAUUCCACUUCUUGCUGAUGAAAGAAGUGAUGUAAUUCUAUUGAAAUUCUUAAGAGCAAGAGAUUAUAGAGUGAAAGAUGCUUUCACUAUGAUUAGAAAUACUGCUCGUUGGAGAAAAGAAUUUGAGGUUGAUUCUUUACUUGAUGAAGAUCUUGGAAAUGAUUAUGAGAAAGUUGUUUUUACACAUGGAGUUGAUAAACAAGGUCGUCCUGUUUGUUAUAAUGUGUUUGGAGAGUUUCAAAAUAAGGAGCUUUAUCAGAAUACUUUCUCUGAUGCAGAAAAAAGGAAAAAGUUCUUGAGAUGGUUGAUUCAAUUCCUUGAAAAAACUAUUAGAACUCUUGAUUUUAGUCCUGAAGGAAUUAAUUCUUUUGUUCUUGUUAAUGAUUUGAAGAAUUCUCCUGGGUAUGGUAAGAGAGAUCUUUACAAAGUUAUUGACAAGUUUCUUGAGAUUCUCCAGGAUAAUUACCCAGAAUUUGCUGCUAAACAGUUGUGCAUCAAUGUUUCAUGGUGGUACUUGGCAUACAACUGGAUCUAUUUGACUGUAUUUACACCAAGGAGCAAGAGCAAGUUUGUGUUUGCAAGCCCAUCUAAAACUGCUGAGACCCUUUUCAAGUACAUAGCUCCUGAGCAGGUGCCUGUUCAAUUUGGUGGGCACAGUAAGUUUGGUGAGCAUGAGUUUUCCCCUGCUGAUACUGUCACUGAAGUUACCAUCAAGCCUGGCAGUAAACAUCCCAUUGAAUUUGCAUUUUCUGAGGAAACUGAGUUGGUAUGGGAGCUUAGAGUAAUUGGAUGGGAUGUAAGUUACGGAGCCGAAUUCUUACCAACAAAGGAAGGAGGAUACACUCUAAACAUUGCCAAGCCAAAGAAGGUAACACCAGCUGAUGAACCAGUCAUUUGUGACACAUUCAAGGUUACUGAGCCAGGAAAGGUUGUAAUUACAAUUGACAACCAAAGUUCAAAGAAGAAGAAGCUCCUUUACAGGUCUAAGGUCAAGACAUCUCAGUGAUUUAUCAUAAUCAAUUUCACAACAUUUCAAUUCAUUCAAAAAAAUCAUAGUGACUCUUAAUAAGUUACUUUUUUUUAUAUUUUAUAAGGAGUUUUGGGAAUUAUUUAUUUAUUAUUUGUUUUAUUUUUGUAUUUUGUUGGAUUUUUUUUUUUUCUUUUUUUGGGGUGUGUCCUGGUCCUUGUGUUUCUCAAGUUUGGAGGACAUAUACAGAGGAAGAAAGGGGUGCAAAAACUGUGUGAAUUGAUACUCUUUUUGUCUGUAUAUUCUUAUUCUAUGUAAAUUUUAAUUAUGGUUGUUGAGUUUGUGCUAAAAUUAUAAAUUUUGAUUCUCAUUUUUUUGGUUUUUCA